AUGUCCGUUUGGAACCCUGAGAACGUCACUGACGUCGCGGAAUCAGUCGGGAUUGCAUCGCUUAAUCGUGACCUGGCAGAACAUCUCGCUCGUGAUGUCGAAUAUCGCAUCAGCCAAGUCCUAGAGGAGGCGCUCAAAUUCAUGCGCCAUGCCAAACGAACGACACUCACAACGCAAGACAUAUCACAAGCCCUUCGAACGCUUAAUGUCGAGCCCCUCUACGGCUAUGAGUCGACAAGGCCAUUGCGAUUCGGCGAGGCCUCAAUUGGACCUGGACAGCCAUUGUUCUACGUUGAGGAUGAAGAGAUGGAUUUUGAGAAGCUCAUAAACGCGCCUCUCCCGAAAGUACCAAGGGAGAUCACGUACACUGCACACUGGCUCGCAGUUGAGGGUGUGCAGCCAAGCCUUCCGCAAAACCCAACACAAGCAGAUCAACGCAGUCAAGAGCUGACUGCCAAAGGACAAAGCGCAAAUCCGACACUGGCUGCAAUGGGCGGGAACGACAACGUAUCUGUCAAACCACUCGUCAAACAUGUCCUAUCCAAAGAACUACAACUCUACUUCGAGCGUAUAUGCUCAGCGAUCAUGGAUGAAAACAAUGAUGAGUACCGGAUAGCUGCUUUUACAUCGUUACGGACGGAUCCCGGACUGCACCAACUGGUACCAUAUUUCACACAAUUCGUCGCGGACAAAGUAACCCACAACCUAAAGUCUCUCUUCGUCCUCACUCAAAGCAUCCAGCUUCUCGACUCAAUUCUGGACAAUCCCAGUCUAUACAUUGCUCCAUAUGUGCCUGCGAUGAUACCGUCGGUCCUUACUUGCCUGGUCGGCAAACAUCUCGGUUCCACAACUUCCGAUGGUUCGACUGCACAUUACGCUCUUCGCGACUUCGCAAGCAGCCUUCUCUCUAGUAUCUCACGAAAGUAUGGCCCCACAUCCUCCACCUUACGGCCAAGGAUAGCAAAGUCGUGUCUAAAACACUUUCUCGAUUCGCAUAAGCCCUUUGGUACUCAUUACGGAGCAAUCCUUGGUCUGACAAUGAUCGCUGGUGCCGAGGGCGUCCGGUCGCUCAUCAUUCCCAAUCUUCCUGCCUAUGACGCACAUCUCCGCCAGGGACUCCGAGACGAGUCAAGGAGGGAGCAAGCCGAGCACGUCGUACUCGCCCUCAUCCGCGCAAUUGAGACCCUUGAGCAGAGCGCCGUUGUUGGGAACCAGAGCAACGGCUAUCCAGAGGGCGCUGCUGCCAAAGAGCGACUUACUGAGAUCCUUGGGGAGUCCAUCGCUACCAAGAUUGUGGAGAUUAAUAGGCCGUCGCUCAUCGCAGCGGUCCUUGAAAAGGAAUUGGUGAUGUGA